GAAACAACAUUCCUCCUCGCGAAAGUCCCGUAUGAGGACUAGAAGAGAGACACAUCUGGCGUCAGCUGAGUCCAAAGAAGUUUCUGUUUAGACAAGACAGUUUUCGCCGCUUUUCUUUUGUCUCUGCUGAGAAACCGUUUCUCAAGGACUGUUUUUGUUUUUGUCACGGGUGUAGCUGUAGCGGCUAAACGCUAUCAUACUUUAGCGCGAGACUGCAACGAGCGACAGAGUAAAAAUGGAUGUGGGAGAUUCUCAACAAAAGAUGAUUACUCUUCUCAUAAAAACGCCCAGCCAGAACCAGGGGGACCAGAUCGUCGAAGGAGUCCAUCUGAACUGGACUGUGAAGGACCUAAAAACGCAUUUGUCGACCGUUUACCCCACCAACCCGGCCGUGAGUGACCAGAGACUGAUCUACGCUGGUAAACUGCUGCCUGACCAUCUACACCUUAAAGAUAUUUUGAGACAGACGGACUCCAUUCCAACACUGCAUCUGGUGUGUGCUUUUAGGAAUCCACCCCAAGGGCCUCUGGGAGCUAGACCUAAGACUAAAGAGACAGAACAACCACAUUCCUCUGCCCCAAGGCCCAUGGCAGCCUCUGCUUCACCCACUCCCAGCAGCUCCUCCACUCCAAGCACACCGGAGCUGAGGCAGAGGAGACAGACCUCUUCAACCCCAGCUGCUGCUCCAGCUCACACACAGACCCCAGCGUCUCCACCAUGGACUAAUUCAUGGCCUGCUGCAGCAAUGCCUGGAGCACCACAGAUGACCCAGCCAACCUUUCCCACCUACUCCCUGUACAGCCCUCAGCAGCUACUGUGGCUCCAGCAUGUCUACGCCCGACAAUAUUACAUGCAAUACCACGCAGCUCUGGCAGCAGCAGGCACCGUCCCCUCUGCACCAGCCUCAGUCACUGGCCAGUAUCCUCCUGUUCCUGCUCACCAAGUACCUGUACCAGCCCCCUUAGCCAAUCAGAACCCCAUCGACAACCUGCCGGUGAAUCAGAACCCGGUGCAGGACGCCGCUUUCAUGAACCCAGGAGAGGCCAACCAGAACAUGCGGAUGAACGCACCGGGCGGGCCUGUAAUGGAGGACGAGGAGGAUAUGGAACGAGAUUGGCUGGACUGGUUGUACUCUGCUGCAAGAUUCUGUGUUCUGCUCAUGAUUGUGUACUUCAACUCCAACCUGAGUCGCUUUCUGCUGGUGAUGGGCACCCUCGUCCUCAUGUACCUGCACACUGCUGGUUUGUUUCCCUUCAGAAGGCACCAGGCUCAAAGACCCAACCAUGUGCAGCCCCCUGAGGUCCAGCAGAACGAGAACAGGAUUCCAAAUCCUAAUCCAGCUGUCGAGCUCGCUGACAGACAACGGGAGGAACCUGCUGCUGCAGCAGAAGGAUCUGAUGGACAAGGACCGUUGACAGCAGUUUUAGUUCCACCUCACAGGGUGUCAGUCAUGUGGACAGCCUGGGUUUUCUUCAAAACUUUCUUCUCCUCCCUCAUACCUGAGGCUCCUCAGGGUGUGGCCAACUGACCACCUCGGACAGAGGACUGAUAGAGACAGCAGGCUGUUUGUUUCUCAGAGGGGGAACAGUAAUCUCUGGAGGUGUUGUUUGUAAAGUGGGUGGAAGGACGAGGAAGAUGAAGGGAGCUGUCAACUCAAGAGGAAAGAAAAACAAGGACAUUGCAUGCAAAUCAACAGUGACGUCCCACCAGACUCUUGGACAGUAGGGCUACGAGCUUCUGUGUGACAUUGCUCAAAGUGACAGUACACAAUAGAUUUUUUUUUUGCUUUAACUCAUCAUUAUGAAGUAAAUGUUGAUUUCACAGUGUUAUGGCUAUAGAAUAAUGACACCAUCAGCUUUUAUAUUAGUUACCUAUAAGCCUCACUUUCACUAUGCAACUAUUUCUGUCACCAAGUACGAAAUCUCACUGGAAAAUGGAGGCUGGAUUUAUGGCACAGAGGAAGUGUGCGUGCCAGUGCACAACCAAAACAGAAAGCUUUCCCUGGGAAAUGGCAGAGGGUGGAACAACUGGAGUAACUGUGGAAACUCGACCUGGCAAAAGAAAAAGAGCCCUGGUGUCAGGCAGAGCAAAGAAAAUGAAGGGGUGAUAGAAAAUGAGGGAAAACGAGUGCGAAGCGAACAUGGGCAUUCACUCAUACAUUCUCGAUGGAGAAGGUUCAGAACUGAACUGAAGUGGGGGGAGUUAAAAAGUUCUCUGUUUCCAUUUUUCCACAAGUCAAACACCAGCAAAAUAAAGCAGUGCCAGGCCAUUGAAUUGCCAAAAACAUGGACAGGAAACAAAGACAACACAUCAGACGUCAUGUACGUCCAGUGGAACUCGCACCAGAGUCAAGGCCUUAUAGGACAAGUCCAGAUACCUGGAUUGAACAGUAGGUGGCAGCAGAGGGUAAAACAUUGACCUCUGGCACUAUUGGACUGUCCCCACUGAUGUACACGAGCCUUCUGAUUCCUAAAGGAUUUGAAAUCAGCUUGUCAGAAUUCCAGAGAUUGAUUUUUUUUCCAAUCAAACAGUAGAAACAUAAGAUAUUUAGAAAAGAAAGAGAGGAAUUCAACCCACUUAAAUUCAGGGCAAUAAAAGCUGAUUUCAUUUCUUAGUGGCCUACAAGAUUCAAAUGAAUUGGGCCUUCUGCUUCCAUACAGUCACUGUACUGAUUGUUAAACAGCGUCAUGCUGUCAGAAACUGACCGUGGCAAAACUUCAGCUCACAAACAAAACUGGACGAGGAGAACAAAAUCCACCCCGAGAACAAAAACAGUCCAUUUACAACACAUCAUCAUGAUCACAACAUCGUACUUCUCAUAUGACUUUUUCUUUAACAGGUAUGUUUUUGGUUGAUUUUCCUGUUAAGGCUCAGAUUGUUUCAGAUGAAGGUGAUUUUGACCAAAUACAGAUUAUAAAUUGUUUUGUCUUCUGCCAAAUCAUCGGGCGUAUUUUCUGUAAAAUAGUGAUGUUGGCACAGAAACAAAAAUCAAGUCUUGUAAAUAUGUGUACACAAAGCACUUUACAACAUGUAUCUUAUGCAAGCUUCUUUACUCAUAGAGGGGUUAGGAUUUAUUAUUCUUCACAUGGAGAUUCCUAAUAUAAAUAUAAUGCCCAGAGGGCUCAGAG